AUGGGCCAAGACACCGACCCUGACCUCUCGGCCGAACUCACAAAAUGGGCGCUCUCCCACGGCGCCUCCAUUGACGGCAUAGCGGCUCACGCAUUCCCUGGCAGGGGUCUGGGAAUCAUAGCGCAAAGAAGGUUGGAGGCCGGAGAAACGAUCCUCAAAGUCCCAACAUCGCUGCUGCGCACGGAAUCCAGCCUACCGGACCACCUGCAGAGCCUCGCGCAGGAAGAAUGCAGUGUCAACGGCCUCCUGGCGCUGGACGUCAGCCUCGACAAUCCCUCUUUCUCAACCUCCACCUCGGCACCGCACUCCCUCUGGCGAAGCACGCUCCCGUCCCUCAGCGCCAUGAAAUCCAGCAUGCCUCUCUUCUGGCGCCCAGAAGCACAAGACCUGCUUCCCCCACCGGGCCUGGCUCUCCUGCGCAAACAACAGGCCAAACUCCACCGGGAUUGGACGGCCGUCUGCGAACGCGGUGUGGUCGUCGCCCCCCAAGGCCUCUCCCUCGAACAGUAUAUUUACAGGUGGCUGCUCGUAAGCACGCGCACGUUCUACUACACGCCAGAAGCAGCAGCAGCAGCAGCGCCAUCCAGCAAACCCAGACCACCCAAGUCGAAAUCACAGCGACGACGACGACGGUCGAAGUCGAAUCCGAAACCUCCCCAACCCCGCCCCGCGGAUGACUGCCUGGCCAUCGUGCCCUUUGGCGAUUUCUUCAACCACACCGCCGGCACCCAGACGGUCAAAGCCACGUACUCGGCCUCGGGCUACGACUUUGUCAUGACGGGUCCUCACGCCGUCGCGGCCGGCACCGAGCUCUUCAUCUCCUACGGCAGCCACAGCAACGAUUUCCUCCUCGUCGAGUACGGCUUCAUCCUGCCGGACGGGGACAACGCGCACGACACGCUGCUUCUCGACGACGUGGUCUUGGCGCUGUUCUCGCCCGAGCAGACCGCCGUGCUCGACGCGGCCGGUUAUCUGGGUAAUUACGUCCUAGGGGCUAUUACUGGUAGUAGUGGCGGCAAUGGCGGCAACGACAAUGACGACGAGGCCAACGACGACGAUGCCGAAGUGGUCUGUUAUCGCACGACGACGGCGCUCAGACUACUGUGCAUGCCUCUCCGCAGGUGGAAAAGGGGAUUGAGCUGCGGGUUUGACCAUGGAGAUGCAUUCCAGGCCCCGUUGAACGACUUGGUGACAAAGGUGCUGCGGACGUAUAUUGACAUGGCCGGCGAGAAGAUACAGCACGUCUUCAGACUCGACGAGGCCUCCUUUGCCGACCAGAAAGAUGUGCUGACGAGAAGAUGGGGACAGAUCCUCGCCUUGUUGACUGCUGCGACCAACCGAAUACGAAUUUAA